AUGGAUAUAAAAGAAACGAUUCUUAAACAAGAAAUACGCCUAGCCAAACCCACAGUAACAUUGCGUCAUUACUUAGCUGGACCAAUUUUGUUAUUACACAUAUUUGCUUCUAGUAUGUCUCUAAAUACUGUCGGUCUUUACGUACCAAUGUUUAUUUCAAAAAAGCUGUAUCCCAUGAGAACAAUUCCAAUUUCAACGGGAUCCAUCUGUACAGACAAUGAAACCAAGGCCUCUCCAGAGAGCCAAGCUAUCCAGAAAGAGGCUGCGGAAUUCACCAUCUAUGUUGCCCUUGUUUCAGGGAUACCUGCUAUCGUAUCUACCUUGCUUCUUGGAACUUUAAGCGACCGUUUUGGACGGAUUUUUCUUUUCCUCACACCAGCCAUUGGUGAAUUUAUCAACAAAACCGUUGAGCUUUUCUGCAUUUAUUACAAUCUUGAUAUAAAUUAUAUUUUAAUAGGAAGCACAAUUGAGGGUUUAAUGGGAGGUUAUCUGACGCUUAUGUCGGCAUCCUUUUCAUAUAUUGCUGAUAUAACUGAAAACAAUAAGCAACGUUCGGUAGCUAUUGUAUUUCUUGAGAUGUCAAUUGGUAUAGGGGUGGUAGUAUCAAGAUUUAGUACAGGAUAUUUCAUCCAGGCCACGGACUAUAUUUGGCCACAACUGACAGCUUGUUGUAUUUACGCACUUUUAAUACUGGUGAUCGUUUUUGUCUUACCGGAAACAAGAUCUCCAAAGUCUGACAAUAAAAUGCUUUCUAAGACGGUGUGUUUUAAACACCUUGGAACGACAUUUUCCUUUUACAUCUCAAAAAGUUACAAAGGAGAAAGAUGGAAGUAUAAUAUUUGCAUGUUCAUCUUCUUUACAACUGGUAUUAAUGUGUUUGGAAAAGUUGCAGUAGAUACACUGUACCAAAUUAGUCAGCCUUUUUGCUGGGGUUCAGUGCAGGUAGGAUUGUAUGGUGCGUUAACAGGUUUAUUUCAGAAUGUGAUCUGCAUGGGAAUGAUUAAAGUCCUCCAUCUCUGUCUCAGUGAUGAGAGAGUGUCGAUUCUGGGAUCGUUCUCAGGAAUUGCUGGUUUUAUGAUAACAGCAUUUGCCAGCACCGAUCUUAUGCUAUAUGUAGCCGCGAUUGCUGGAGGCGGUGGUGUUUUGACUUUACCAAUGGUUACAGCUAUCAUGUCGAGAAUUACUCCACAAGAUAAGCAAGGUGCCCUUUUUGGUGGGAUAGCAGCGACGGAAACAGUGUGUGGGAUUGUGGGAAAUCUGAUUUUAAAUUCCAUCUACUCCAAUACCGUGUCGUUAUUCAGGGGAACUGUGUAUUUGGUGAUGGCUGGAUUCGUACUGAUUUCGCUGGUUCUUCUUGUAUUUUUCACAUUUUUUUCACAAAAAGGACCCUCUUACAACAAAACAGAUCAGUUCCAAGUCAAGGAAGAAUGCUGAUAACUUCUUCGACAUAUUACUAUAUUAUACACACUCAAAAUUUUUAUCUAAUUUAAUUUAUAUUACUUACAUUACGUAUAGAAUUUCUAA